AUGGCAGACAGCCCAGCCGCAUCAGCGGCACCCAAAGACGCCUCGGAUCCCUCCCCUGCGAUAUCAACACCAGCGCAACCGCCAGCAACAUCCUCAACAACCGGUACUGCACCCGCCGCACCCACCGCGCCCCCCACUGCAUCGCAACCUCACGAUGCUCACAGCUCCACCACAGCAUCAGCACCAGCACCAGCACCAGCAGCCCCUGGUACCCCAAUCCCAGCCGACGAUCACCUCACCCCAGCCCCAGAACUAACACCCGACCCGACCUCGCCAGGCCCAGACGACGGCUACGCAAGCGGGACCGAGUCCGGCUCCUCGCGGGCGUCGACGUCGUUGGCCUCCCACGUGCGCGACUACAGCUUCGAGAACCGGCGGCGGUACCACCGCUACAAGGAGGGCCAGUACCACUUCCCCAAUGACGAUGACGAGCAGGAGCGCGAGGACAUGAAGCAUACCAUGGUCGUCCACCUCUGCGGCGGGCAGCUGCACAGCGCGCCGCUGAAGAAUCCGCAGCGGAUUAUCGAUGUUGGGACGGGGACGGGGAUAUGGGCUAUUGAUAGUGCGUACCGCUCACUCUCGUCACAUCUCUUCCUGGGCGACGAGUACCCCGAGGCCGAAAUCAUCGGCGUGGACCUGAGCCCGAUCCAGCCCGAGUUCGUGCCGCCCAACGUCCGGUUCAUGGUCGACGACGCCGAGGUGGAAUGGGUCUACCCGGACAACCACUUUGACUUUGUCCACCUCCGCAACAUGGCCCCCUCCAUCAAAAAGUGGCCGGAGCUGUUCGCCGAAGCAUACCGCGUCACAAAACCAGGCGGGUGGAUCGAACUCCAAGAAAUGCGCUGGGUCUACGGGUGCGACGACAACACCAUGCCCCCGACCUUUGCCCCCGUAAAAAUGGUCGCCAACAUCAAAGAAGCACUCGCCAAGCUCGAUGUCAAGAUGAACGCGGCCGAACUAUACCCCGCGCACGUCGCGGCCGCGGGCUUCGUCAACCUGGCGCACGAGGUGAAGAAGGUGCCCGUGGGGCCCUGGGCGAAGGACGACGACCUGAAGAAGAUUGGGGAGUACUGCCGCGCGGCGAUCUAUGAUGGGUUGCAUGCCAUUACGAUUGGGCCGUUUACGAGGGGUCUGGGGUGGACGCCUGAGGAGGUGGAGGUUUUUCUGAUUGAGGUGAGGAGGGAUUUGUUGGAUCGGAGUGUGCAUUCGUAUGUGCAUUUUCAUACUCUUGCUGCGCAGAAGCCGCUUGAUGGGUGA